CUCCACCAAUAUACAGUUAACACUGACAGAAAGAUCAUUGAAAACUGGAAGUGUUGGAGAGAAGAAAUGAACACAAUUAAAGGACAAACAGAGGAGCGAGGGUUCUGGGGCAGAAAAGCAGAGUUUCUUCUGGCUGUGGCAGGAAAUGUGGUUGGAGUGGGUAACGUGUGGAGGUUUCCUUACCUUUGCUACAGAAAUGGAGGAGGGGUGUUCCUUAUACCCUAUCUGGUGUUUGUGAUGACCUGUGGAGUGCCUCUGUUCCUGCUGGAGACAGUCAUGGGGCAGUUCACACAUGAAGGGGGCAUUACAUGCUGGCAUCUCCUCUGUCCACUGGCUCAGGGUGUUGGCUAUGCAGGACAGCUCAUAGAGCUGUACAGCUGCAUGUAUUUUACCAUCAUUCUGGCCUGGGCGCUUUUUUAUCUCAUCUUCUCUUUCAGCUCACAACUGCCGUGGGCCAGCUGUGACAACAUCUGGAACACAGACAACUGUGUAAAUCUUGCUGCAGGAAAUCUUACUUUCAACCGAACAACACAGAUUAAUUCAACAUCUGCAGCUACUGAGUUCUGGGAACGCAGAGUUCUGUCUCUCUCUGGAGGUAUUGAGGAGAUCGGCAAGAUCAACUGGGAGAUUGCUUUAUGCCUCUUCGUAAUGUGGAUCAUAUGUUAUUUCUGCAUCUGGAAAGGAGUCAAAUCUACAGGCAAGGUGGUGUAUUUCACAGCUACAUUUCCUUAUGUGAUGCUGCUUGUGUUGCUGAUUCGUGGGUUGACUCUUCCUGGAGCUCUGCAGGGGGUUGUGUUUUACUUGUACCCUGAACCGGCUCAUCUUGCUGACCCACAGGUUUGGAUGGAGGCAGGAACUCAGGUCUUCUUUUCAUAUAGUCUAUGUAGUGGUAUUCUCAUUGCACUUGGCAGCUAUAAUCAAUACAGCAACAACUGCUACAGAGACUCCUUUUGGCUUUGCCUUCUGAACAGUGGCACCAGUUUUGUGGCUGGUUUUGCUGUGUUCUCAGUCUUGGGCUUCAUGGCUCAUGUGCAGGGCGUCCCUGUUGAAGAAGUAGCAGAAUCCGGUCCAGGACUAGCAUUCAUUGCUUAUCCACAGGCAGUGGCCAUGAUGCCCUUCCCUCAGUUGUGGGCUGUUUGCUUCUUCAUCAUGAUUAUUUUGCUUGGCCUAGAUUCACAGUUUGUUGCAAUGGAGUGUGUGGUUACAUCAGUGACGGACUUGUUCCCUGAGGUGCUGCGCAGAGCUGGUCGUCGGGAACUGUUUGUCCUGCUCCUCUGUCUCACAUGUUUCUUUGGACAACUCAUCAUGGUUACAGAGGGGGGGAUGUAUGUAUUCCAGCUGUUUGAUAACUAUGCCAGUAAUGGAGCCUGUUUUCUGUUCCUCUCUGUGUUUGAGUCUUUGACCAUCGGUUGGAUCUUCGGGGCUGAAAAAAUGUUUGACAUAAUCAAGGACAUGACAGAGUCACGACCCAACUACUGGUUCAUGCUGUGCUGGAAAUACUUGACUCCACUUGUGUCCCUGACGUCUUUUGUUUAUUCUAUGGUGAGGUACACACCUCUGACUUAUAACCGCUGGUAUGUGUACCCGGACUGGGCACAUGUACUUGGCUGGUUACUGGCUCUGUCCUCCAUUCUGCUGGUGCCUGGAUGGGCACUGGGCCAAAUGUGUACUGGUAAAGGCAGCCUGAAACAGCGUUGGGGCCACUUGUGUAGUCCUGACACAAAUCUCAUGCUCUCCUCUAUACAAAUACAGGAACAAACUGCAGAGAUGGAAGACUUAGUCAGGAGCAGCACAAUAUAAAGCAUUACAUGGGAGCACAAAAAGUUUCUGAAAAAUAACAAAUGUUGUGUUAGUAUAUAUACAUAUGUUAGUAUAUAUAUAUAUGUGUGUGUGUGUAUACACACAUACAGUCGAAGUCAGAAUUAAUGGCCCAUCUUAGAUUUUUUUUUUCUUUUUUAAAUAUUUUUUAAAUUGUGUUUAACAGAACAAGGAAAUUUUCACAGUAAGU